AUGGAGAACUACCAGAAGAUAGAAAAGAUUGGAGAGGGAACAUAUGGUGUUGUUUACAAGGCUCGAGACCUAUCCAACCAUGGCCGGAUCGUGGCUCUCAAGAAGAUCCGUCUAGAGGCCGAAGAUGAAGGUGUACCCAGCACCGCAAUCCGGGAGAUAUCUCUGCUCAAGGAGAUGCACGAUCCGAAUAUCGUCAGGCUUCUCAACAUCGUCCACGCAGACGGACAUAAGCUCUACCUCGUCUUCGAAUUCCUCGACCUCGACCUAAAGAAGUACAUGGAGGCUCUGCCUGUGAGUGAGGGAGGCCGCGGGAUAGCCUUGCCAGAUGGAUCACUGGAGAUGAGCAGGCUGGGGCUGGGCGAAGCAAUGGUGAAGAAGUUCAUGGCCCAGCUGGUGGAAGGUGUACGAUACUGUCAUACCCAUCGUGUGCUCCAUCGUGACCUGAAGCCUCAGAACUUGCUUAUUGACCGGGAAGGUAACCUUAAACUUGCUGACUUUGGCCUCGCCAGAGCCUUUGGUGUGCCUUUGCGAACGUAUACACAUGAGGUUGUCACGCUCUGGUACCGUGCCCCUGAGAUUCUCCUGGGUGGCCGUCAAUAUUCUACGGGUGUCGAUAUGUGGUCUAUCGGUGCCAUAUUUGCUGAAAUGUGUACCCGCCGGCCCCUCUUCCCUGGUGACUCAGAAAUCGACGAGAUAUUCAAGAUCUUCAAACUACGAGGCACGCCCAACGAACGUAUCUGGCCAGGUGUCACAUCUUUCCCUGACUUCAAGACAUCGUUCCCUAAGUGGAAACGAGAAGAUAUCCGCAAAUUAGUUCCCGGCCUAGAAAAGAACGGCCUUGCACUGCUAGAUGCGAUGCUCGAAUAUGAUCCCGCACGCCGUAUAUCGGCCAAACAAGCCUGCGUGCAUCCUUAUUUCCAGGCCUGUAGCUCUGCAUACUCAGGCCGUGGCCGAACACCGGUUUACCAAUGA